CCUAUGGCAGAGGGUAGAGGACAGGGCGGAGUGGGGCCAUGGCCUCGUCGGUGGUAAGGGCCACUGUGCGCGCCGUCAGCAAGCGGAAGAUCCAGGCUACGCGCGCCGCCCUCACCCUGACUCCAUCAGCUGUUCAGAAGAUAAAACAGCUUCUAAAAGAUAAACCUGAGCAUGUAGGUGUGAAAGUAGGUGUUCGUACAAGAGGAUGCAAUGGACUUUCUUACACCUUAGAAUAUACCAAAUCGAAGGGAGACUCUGAUGAAGAAGUAGUUCAAGAUGGGGUUAGAGUGUUCAUUGAAAAGAAGGCACAGCUGACACUUCUAGGAACUGAAAUGGACUAUGUAGAAGACAAACUGUCCAGUGAAUUUGUCUUCAAUAAUCCAAACAUCAAAGGAACGUGCGGCUGUGGAGAAAGUUUUAACAUCUGAAGUCUCAGGACUACUUCUUUGACUUUGAACCCCCCAGAACAUUUAUUAUUGCAAAUUUUGGAAGCAAAUGCAUUUUCUUCAGACUCACAGUCUGCCUAAAGCAGAGAUACCAUUAAGAAAAAUGAUUCUGAAAAUGUAAAUUAAUGUGUUAUAUUCCACCACCGAUGUAGUUAUGCUAUGAUUUGUGAUCAGUUUGAAUCCAAAAGGUAAGAACAGUAAGUGCUGUAGGAACACCUCUGUACUUUCACAUGCCAAGGAAAUAAAAUCUCACUGUUCUUUUCCUUUGUCAUUUUCUUUGUCCCCUCAUACUUCCUCAUCCAAAAGCCAUUUGAAAGCAUAUAUUGCCGAUGUGU